GCUAGGAAAUUAUUCACUUCCUUUUUAAAGUUCUCUCUCAGAUUGCUCUCAGUUUUGCUGCAAGAAAUUUGGAAUACAUUAAAAAUUACAAAGAAAGGAACAGUACAAUAAACUGGUAGCACAAACACUUUGCUAACAAGGAAGGAUGGGAGCUACAGAUGUGCGAACUGUAAUCCAAAUUCUCCUGAAUUGCAAAAGAAGAACCCCACAAGGCCAGACUAUGCACGAAGGAGCUGGCCACCUGAUGGAGAGGAUGGUUUGAUGAGAAAGGGCCAGCCUCUUCCAAAUGAGGGCUUGUCUGAAUCAUCUGUCCCUGGCCAGCACUGAGAUCAGACAGAAUGGAUGGUGCACUGCCAUAUCAGUGGGACUGUUUCUGAUGAGCACUGAGGAGAGAAGUACUUAUGAUACAAUCUAAGGAAGUCGAGGCUUCCGUUAAGAGACACAGCUACCUAGUGACAUCUGCUUUUUACAUCUGGUGGAUAGUGCUGUGUGGGUAGCACCUCCGUGGCGGAGCUACCUGAAGAGAAGCAAGUGAUUCUGCACCCUUACAGCAAAGAAGCUUCGUCACAUCAUCUGAGAAGAAAGGAGGAGAAAAGAACUGGGGGAAAAAACAUGAGUUCUUCAAGUACAGAGUCCCUUGAAGUUGAAUUCUCAACCUUUUAUGACUAUUACGAUACUUAUUACGAUGCUCCAAAAUUAUGCAGUAAAGAAGGCGUCAGGAGGUUUGCAGCCUCCUUCCUACCUGUUCUGUAUUCCCUGGUAUUCCUGGUCGGGCUCGCUGGAAACAUUUUGGUCAUCGUGGUUCUCUUAAAAUACAAGAGGCUGAAGAGCAUGACUGAUGUGUACCUGCUAAACCUCGCCAUCUCAGAUUUGCUCUUCGUUUUAUCUUUGCCAUUCUGGUCUUACUUCUCAGUAGACCAAUGGGUUUUUGGAACUCCGUGGUGUAAAAUCAUUUCGUGGAUCUACCUGGUUGGGUUUUACAGUGGGAUAUUUUUUAUUAUGCUAAUGAGCAUAGACAGAUACCUGGCAAUUGUCCGUGCAGUGUUUUCCUUGAAAGCAAGGACCGCCUUCCAUGGCUUGAUUACUAGCCUUGUUGUAUGGCUAGUAGCUCUUUUAGCCUCAGUCCCUGAGCUUGUAUUUAGAGAGUCUUUUAAUGAACAUAAUUAUACUACCUGCAAGCCGAUAUUUCCAGGCAAUUUCACAACAUGGAAGCUUUUUUCCACUUUGGAAGUCAACAUUUUAGGGCUCCUAAUCCCUUUUAUAAUUAUGACAUUUUGCUACUCCAUGAUCAUUAAAACAUUAGUUCACUGUAGAAAUGACAAAAAGAAUAAGGCUGUGAAGAUGAUUUUUGCUGUGAUGAUUGUGUUUUUCUUUUUUUGGACCCCCUACAACAUUGUUAUUUUUUUACAACUGCUGGAAUUUAUGGGAGUCAUUAAAGACUGUCAAGUGAGCAGGAGUCUGGACUAUGCCUUCCAGGUAACAGAAAUCCUUGGACUUUUUCACUGUUGCCUCAAUCCAGUAAUCUAUUUCUUCAUGGGGGAGAAGUUUAAGAAGUACCUGAAGAUGCUCUUCAAGAACUGGCAGUUACCUGGGUAUUUCUGUAAGUGGUGUGGAGUUCACAUCACUUACCACACUGAAUCUACUAGUUCAUUCCACACACAGUCUACAGGGGACCAAGACGGUCUGUAAGGCAUUUCAGACCAGCCACUGAAUCAGCAGCAAGCAAACUGACAACAGUGGGAACUUUGAAAAGCAGGAACUUUGAAAAGCUAAGCAAAUGCAGACACAUCUAACAAUAAGCUAGUGCUGGAUAAUUAUUUACUUCAGCUUUAUUUGUGCCUCUAGAUUUUCUGAGUAUUAUGACAGAAGAUGUCCCAAAUGUGGAACAUGGGAGAUGGACAUGCAAGGUUUCUCCGCUGUGAUUACAAAUCACUGCUCAGCUCUGUGCAAAGCACUGCACUGCGUGGCUUCUUUUUCUCCAGCAUCAAGACAUUGGCCUGCAUGGAGGGGCAGAGGUGAGGCAGCACCUUGUCAUCAGCACAUGCACUUGGAAAACAUAUUCAUGUAUUCAAGGAUGAUGAUAACCAUACUUUUUUAUUCUGCAGUUGACUCUUAGGUAGCUAUUAGCAGUAUCUGCUACUUUUAAAUGUUUCAUGGCAGGGGAGACGAUAUAUCCCCUGUUAUUAAGAAAAAGGACAAAAUAUAUUCUCUAUAUGCACAAAGACACAAAGCAAAGCCAUUACUUUUCAUUGUAGGUGUGUUUUCUCUCGGGUUGACAUAUAUGUCUAUAUAUAGGUGUAUAUAUAGGCAUUUUGAAUUACUUUAUCACUGUAACUCAGGAUAGCAAUUCUGUAUUUUAAUUAACAUAGAAAAUAUUUUGAAUAUUUUUGAAUAAAAGUGUUUAAAAACCUUAUUUUCCAACAUGUGUGAAUAAAUUUGAAGCAUCUUAGUUAAUAG